AAAUAUGCGGCAGCGAAUUGAUUUUGAUUUGUAAAUUUUUGCAGUCUCAGCUCGAUCGCGGUGUCGCUCGCACUUGCCGUUUCGUUUGUCGUGCGAUUUUGUUCGGUUGUGGUGUGUUCAGUAGUGGUUUCGAGAGUCCUCCGAGAUUUUUGUGCCGCGUGUUACCUUCCAUUGCUCGUCUCAUCGAUAGACCCUUUCGGUAAAAUCCGGAUUGAUCGACUUUCACAGAUAUGUAUUGUGCACUUUUGUCCUCGACUGAAUCGAAUCAACCUAUUAUUGCGAAGUGAUUUCAACGAUCCGCUCUCGAAGCGCCAGCAGCAGCAGCGAACCCGAAAACAAGUGAUCGGUGUGAAUAAAUAAUCGACCUUUUCGCUAGUGAAAGAAGCGAGUGGUGGAAAAAUAGCAAAUGUGAAGCACGAUUCGCCGCCACCCACAACAAGUGCCAUUCAGCAGCAGUGGUGUUAAUAAACAACGACUGUGUGUGAUUUCGGAAUUCGACGGUGCCAACGAAUCCCCCUCAAGGAAUUCAAGAUUUACUGGAAUUCUAUUCUCGGAAACAAGUAGGACGAAAUUUGUGGCGGUUGGAUUGGUCGCAUGAUUUCAUCAGCACCUGCCGCCUUCAAGAGUAUAUAAUUGUACAAAUUAUUGCCUUCUGACAUCCAGCUGUUAGUUUUGAGCGACUCCGGACUCCUCAUAACUUCCACCGGACUAUUUGAAGAUUAACCGCAAACGUUAUAACUAGCCUACUACAAAAAAGAGACUCCCCCCGACACUGUGAUUUCGAAUCAACUGAGUACCUGAAAACCAGCCUGGAAGUGUAAGAUUUCAAAUAAACAAAAGUUCUAAGCAAAAAAAAUACUAUACGCAAACUAUUGACUGUUAGUUUGGUUCGUUUAGUGCCUAAGUGUUUUCGACUCGGUCAUAGAGCUAGUGGUACUGCGGAAUGCUGUGCUGUGUAAGGAAUUGAACCGGAAGCCCUUGUUGGAAUGUGCAACUGAAACUGCUAUGAGUGGGAGCAUGCGGAUCUUUCGAGUAGUACUAGUAGCAGUAGUGUUAGUAGCUUUAGCUUUAGAAACUCGACUGGGAUCAGAAUGACGGAUGUUGCCAACCCGGUCAGACUAGUUGGAAACACUUCGAAAGCAACCGUGCAGAAUAUUGGUAAAAGCCACAACCCCAACAACAUCGACGACUGCAACAACAUUGGUUCAUCCGGUAACGGAUCGCGUAGCGUCUCAUUCAAUCGGGACGUGCAUGUCAAAAGAAUUGGGUCUCGUUCCGAACCGCGAACGUUUCCUACCAGCACUCCGAAAGUGCGCAAGGAACCACCGAACCUAUCCUCAAAGGCACUUCGCAAGGAAGCUGAACUUGUGCUUGCGCACGCGGACCGGAUCGAUCGUGCCCGCUCCAGACGCAACAGCGGAGGUGACGAUAAGUUCAACUCCCUUCCGUCACGAAAAUCUCGUGGGAAAGCGACGGUAAGUCGCAGCACCAGCGACGUAUCCUCGAAGAAACCCCAGAAAAGUCUUCUGAACCUGUUCAGCAAGAGCAAACAUGACGAGGCAGGUCCGGUGAAGCGUCCGAUCGAUGAGAAACCCCGGAUUACGAUCAACCGCAGCAACAGUGACAUCGGUCAGUCACGCCAGGUGAGGCGUAAGACGCCUCGACGAAACACCCUUGAACUUAAACAUGAUCCACUAACUCCGAUUAUCGAAGCUUCCCCAGUGGAAUACACGAAAAACUCCGACCCGUUAACUGCAUUCACUCAGCGGGAUCAUACUCCGGACCAGCCUACCGGUCAAGAAUCGGACCUCUUCCCGAUUCGAUCCACGUCCAGGCCAGUAAUGGAAACGAUCCAGCUACUACGACAGAAUUCAAAGUCCCAGGAAGGGCUGCAUUGUUCCCAGCUGCCGCCAGAGAAGCCAAGCCUCACGAAAGGGGUAACGGUCGAGAACAUUGUGAAACGGUUAUCCAGCGAACGUCAUACUUCACCGCCGCCACCGCAGAUCAUACGUGACGGCUUCUCUUACACCCGGCCUGGCGAGCACCCCAUAGUCUACGCCCAGGUUGUGUGCAGUGAUGAGGGGAAAAAUAAACACACCAUCCGGAACGAGUUCUCAACCAACACCAGUGACGAAGACAUUAAGAAAUCUAGUCCCCUCGGAUUCGACGAAAGAAUGGCGACUGGCAAGGAUUACCUACACAUGAAAAGACCGACUCCACCACUUCCAAAGUACACACUGGACGAGACGGAUAAUUUUCCCCGGACCAGAUUCAAACCGUACAACAGUGAUGAGGACGAGGGACUCGGACUCGGUGACCACAGCAAACGCUUCUCGUCGAGUUAUUACAAAACCACGACUACCACCAGCACCAACGAUUUCUCCACCAACUCUGACGAGGACCACAUCACGCCGGUUGUGAAGUAUGCCCCACCGGAGCGACCUUAUGUUAGCCACAGCUACAGCACCAACUAUCGGGGACAAGCCGAUGGGAAAGAGUACUUUCCCGAGUUCCACGAACUCAGCCAGCGGCGAGAGAUUCUGGAGUCAAGGAUUCGGAACCGUAUCGGGUCGAGGGAGCUGCUGGAUAAGGUCUCACCCGAGCGGGAGCUUGCCACGGGAUCCAGCAAUUCACGCUACGACAGUUACCAUCACACCAGCAGCCUGGCCCGAAGAAGCGCUGACCGCUUGGCGAGUGAUUCGCCGGUGCGUAGACGAACCGUUUCGCCGCCUCCGCCACCAGUUCGGGAGGAUCUAAUCGAGCGGAACAACGCGAAGAAUCGAUACGUGGAGACAUUUGUGACGAAGACGGUGAUAAAUCGCGAUGGGAAACCCUACACCGAGGAAUACGUGGAACGGUUCAAGUAUCCGAAUAAAAAUGUGGAGGAUGUACGGAUGACGCGGACCACCUACGAUCGUGAGGGAUCUGCCGAGCGGACAGAAGUGCAGAACUUCACCCAACGUUUGCCGCUGGAUAGUGGUCACUCGAGACAGGUGGUGGAUAAGGGUGAUUCGGGGAUUGAGAACGAUUUUCGAAAGGAUUCAUUCAACGGGGAGUUCUCGAAGAGGAAGAAGUAUACGUUAACGCAGAAUAUUCUAACUUGCGAAAGCUUCCUGCGGAAUGAACGCACACACACAAAUGCCUGCCUUCGGAAGCCACGGAAAACGUAUUCCUAUCGGGAACGAAGCAUCGACGAUGGAAGCCGCUUCGAUCCCCGGUUGGAUGAAUACUCCGCCGAUCGUGGACAUCCGAAGGAGCUGAAAUCGUCUUUGAAGCAGCAGAAGAAGACUGGUGGAUUGGCAAAGGUGAAACAGUUUAUGAGCUCCACGAAAAAAAGACUGGUAAAAAUGGGGGAGACGGAAAAGAAGGAUUCGAGGCACAGUAGCAUUCGCAGCGAUGAGCGAUCGCGCUACGAUGAGAAGAACCAUUUGAAGGUUCCCGACAUUGCAACUCGCCGUCGUCUCUCGACUCCCAAGUCCAGUCCUUCGACGACGAAACGAUCGUUAUCCUUCAAGGGCGCAAAGAAUGGUGAGACCGGCAAAACAUCCCGACCGGAAUGGUUCAAAUCGUUCGACAGGUUGUCAAGGAAGAAGUCGGACUCGAAAUCACAACUCUCGAGUGACGUUAGACCGUCCAGCGGCGCGAAACAGCAGAAGAGCCUGCGUUUCUUCGGAGACACCGAUAGCGAAUUCGUUGAUAAGCCACCCAGCAGAUCUAGUCGCUCCAAAUCCUCUCUUUCGAAAUCGGACAAGAGAUACCAGAGUGCGUACGACUUGGAAACAACACCGAAAUUCCAGGAAACCCGUUACCGGUCGUCUUCGAUGGAGAACCUAGAGGACGACGAUCGUCAUAUUGAUUCUAAGAGAAGAGAUCAGUCCACAUCCGACCAUUCGACUAGCUAUCGCAGACGUACGCCAUCACCAGUCUAUCCUCCGAAUCGACACUACAGCGUCGGUCGAGACUACACACCCGAUCGAUCGACCAACCGCAAAAGCUACAGCCGCUCUCGGGAGAACAGUGUGGAUCUUGUCGACUCCGAUCGCCAUGAACGAUCUAGUCGAAGUCGAACCGAACAGCACAGCAAGAAACCUCCAUCGGGCCCGCAGAAACCGGCGCGAUCAUUUCAACGGGCAGGGAGUUUGAACAGAGAGACAGAUCGAAUUCAUGACAGCUCAGGGACCGAGGGUGAAUCUAGUCAACAAAGCCAACGCAGCGUAGUAUUCCUGCACGCCACAACUGUGGGCGAUAUCCCGCACCCCCAGAUAUCGAACGCCCGCCGGAUGGCGUACUCCCGCGAGUCGCUGAACAGCUCGAAAAAACUCCAACCAAUGACGCGAACCGUCUCCCGGUCGAUCUCGGUGCUGGCACCCUGGAAGCCGAAGCAUGUCAGCGAGGGUUACGAGAUCAAUUACCACAACGAUCAGCAGCAGGCGAUGAAGUCGGUUGCGACCACCCUGCCGCGCCCUCUGAACAACCGCUCCCACAGUCAGUCGACACUGAAUCGGACCAAACAGAAGACGCGUCGUAGCCAUACCGGAUCGAAGGAUGAUCUGGACUCCGAUAAAAGCUCAUCGUUUGAGAAUGCAAAGAUUUCACAUGGAACCCAGCGUGGUGGUGGUGGGCAGCAGACUUACUCGCUGCCAAGAAGACCACGGGAAGGACAUACUGCGGUACACUCCGGCGGCUCGAGAACUAACACGCUUCAGAAGCAUCGUAGGAAUUGAUGGUCGUCAUGGGAGCCGAGCGAAGAAGUUAACCCCUUCAAAAGUAAUCGUAAUCAUUUUUCUUUUAGUCUCACCGGAAAGUCUAUUUAUUUGUGUCCGUCGCAUAAGAGUGUGAUUCGUGUUUGGAAUUAUGAUCGGUAACCUUUUUAACCUAGGCUGGAAGAUUAGUUGCAAAGCAUUUUAACGUUUUAAAAACAACAGAAAAGGAAAGACAAAAAUGUACUAAAACGUAAUAAAGCUCGAGUCAAACUCGUGGAGUCUUAAAUCAA